AUGCAUCUGCCCGACCCCGCCCUGACAUUUACCCUGCCGAGCCUACACGACAACCUCACUCUCAACUGCCGCAUCUACCACCCUCUUGGCCUCGCGGCAUCCAACUCGACUGCCGGAUGGCGCCCCAAACAUGCCGCCGUACUGGGCCAUCCCUACGCGCCUCUUGGGGGGAGCUACGAUGACCCGGUGGUGGAGGAUGUGGCGGCGCAUCUAGUACGCGCUGGCUUCGUUGUCGCGACAUUCAAUUUCAGGUCAGCCACACCUGCCCAGGCCUUUGGUCUUGCCAUGUUGAAAGGAGCUGCGAACUCGGAAGGCCGUACAUCAUGGUCUGCGAAGCCCGAACGUGAAGACUACACGACCCUUGUUGGGUUUCUCACCUACUAUAUACAUUACCUCGACAACCAUGAGUCGAGACCGCAUAAUCCCGGCAGUCCUACCCUCCUGAUGGGAGGGUAUUCGUACGGAGCCAUGAUCACGGCGCAGAUCCCUCCGCUCUCCUCCAUUCUUGCCCAGUUCACAUCCCCAUCGAUCACGUCGACCCCCGGUCUGCUCCGAACACGAGCCGAGAGCUUGGGCACCCAACAGAGAGAACUCCUGCAAAUGUACUCCGGGAGACGCAGCCUCAGAGUCGGAGAGUGCAGUAGCCCCCGGAAGAGCCACGACAGCCGGAGGAGCUUCUCCCUCGACGACGCCGAGGAGAAGCUGCGCAAGGGCGUCCAGGACUUCAUCGCCAAAACGCGGCACCACCACCACCUUGCUGCUCCAGCGUCUGCCAUUGACGGGAAAACCGACCCUCCUCGGUCUGCCCCAGGCUCUCCAGCUGCAGAGGCGCCCGCAGAGGAUGCUACGUUGCAGUCGCUUCCAGAUCUCCUCAGACCGUCUGCAGCCUACCUCUUGAUCUCCCCCCUCCAGGGGCUCAUCUCGAAUCUCGCAACCAUGUCGCGCGCCCCCGGCAGCUCGCUUGCGGAGGGCAAGCUGCGACACAAUCCCACCCUGGCUAUUUAUGGCGACCACGAUGUUUUUGUUCCGGUUGGGAAGCUGCGCGGGUGGGUGGAGCGCAUGCAGGGCGCGGAGGGCUCGCGGUUCCGAGGCGAGGAGAUUAGCGGCGCGGGUCAUUUCUGGGUAGAGCACGGUGUCUUUAAUCAAAUGGGGGACUUGGUGUCGCGGUUUUCGAGGGAGAUUAUCAGUGACGAGAUGACGGAGACUUGA